AUGGCACCAGAAGUCAACCGCACUGAUGUGAAUGACAUACAUCCCUGUUAUGAAAUAUAUAAUGUCUCCUUCAUACUGACAAGCACUCCUUCUACAAUAUGUGUUUUAAUAUAUAUUUUCCUUGGGUCAUUAUCUGUUGUCACAGUAUGUGGAAACCUUCUGGUAAUAAUCUCUAUCAUUUACUUCAAACAGCUCCACACUCCUACAAACUCUCUCAUCCUCUCUCUGGCUGUAGCUGACCUGCUUGUUGGUGUUGUAGUUUUUCCUCUCAGCAUGGCCUUCUCUCUUAGUUCAUGUUUACAUUAUGAACAUUUAUUUUGCAAAGUGAGAGAUAGCUUUGAUGUAACACUGAGCACAGCUUCCAUUCUGAAUUUAUGUUGUAUUUCCAUAGACAGAUAUUAUGCAGUGUGUCAGCCUCUGACAUACAGAACUAGGAUAAAUGUUAAAGUUGUUGUGGUCAUGAUCCUGGUCAGCUGGAGUGUGUCUGUUUCAGUAGCCAUUGGUUUUCUAAUUCCAGGAUUAAACCAUGAAAAAUGUGACGAUAAUUGUUUUUUUGAUCUCCCACUUGCACAAAUUUUGGGACCCAUUUUCUCAUUUUACCUCCCAGUGAUCAUAAUGCUCUGUAUCUACCUGAAGAUUUUCCUUGUGGCACAGAGACAGGCACGCAGCAUCAGGAACACAACAUGUCAGAGCACAAAAUGUGGAGCAACUGUAGGUAAAAAUGAGAGAAAGGCCACCAAAACUCUUGCAACAGUUAUGGGAGUUUUUCUGAUGUGCUGGACUCCUUUCUUUCUCUGUUUUACUUUUCAGCUUUUGGAUAAUGUGUCAGUGCCACUUCCGCUGUUUGAAACUCUUAACUGGCUUGCACUGUCAAAUUCAAUGCUCAAUCCAUUUAUUUAUGCUUUCUUUUACAGCUGGUUCAGGUCAGCUUUCAGAAUGAUCAUUUCUGGGAAAAUAUUUAAAGGUGAUUUUGCAAACACAAAAUUGCUCUGA